CGGCGACGUCCUAUGCGCCUGGAUCCAGGAAGUGCUGCGGGGAAUCAGGGCUGUAGAGUUAGAGCAAAAGUUGUGUCAAGUCCCAAAUAGUUGGGUUGUAGUAUAGUUUGUAUUGUACUAAACCCUAAACACACUUGACCUGUUUCUGUUUGGACACCUGAAAACUUCCAGCACCUUUAAAGCUGACAGCAGCAAGCAGGAGAAGCCCCCACGUCUCAAACAUCCAGCAUCCACUCCUGCAGCGCAGCGCCAGCCACUGCCGUCCUGCAAUGCCUCUGUUUCGGGCCCUCGGUGAACGCGGUGCGGCGAGAGCCGGGCGGAGGGGGGUGAGAAAGGUGAAGCGGCUGGGGAGCUGCGGGAGGACAGACGAAGGUGGCUCUGCCCCUUCACUGACACAGCUGUGUCUGCUCAGCCUUGCCGACAACAUGAAGGACGUGUGGGUGAAAGACUAUGCUGACAAGUACCUGGAUCAGUAUUCCUUCAGGCACAUCAUGGGGCCUUUCAACUCUCUGCCCGCAGAGCUGGUCGAGGAGCUCACGUGGCUGCUGUGUGCCAGAAAGCAAUUGUCCCGGGCGGCCCUCCACCUCCUGCUGGUCCCCCAACUCCGCGGCCUGUCACUGGAAAGGUGUCCUGGCCUGGUCACCUCCGCCCUCUGUGCCCACAUUGCUGCACGUUGCCAGGGCCUUUGGAGUCUGGAUCUAUCUGGGGCGCAGCAGCUGCCUUCAAAAGUCCUGUCUGAAACUCUCUGCAGUCUCCCUGCCCUCCGCUCGCUCUCUCUGGCUGGUAUGCCUUGUGACAGAUGUGUGAUCAGGACGAUUGCCUGCCACUGCCAUUUGCUGCGCCAUCUAGAUGUAUCCCGCUGUCAUUUCCUAUCCCCUGCUUCACUACUUCCUCUUGGAAACGGGGCUUUCGACUCAACCUCUGCUAUUCCUUCUAGCUCCUCUCUUUGCUGCACCGCUACAUCUCAACCACCUAUUUCCUCUUUCUCCUCUGACCCCCCAUUCUCCUUUUCUGCAUCACUGUCUCCUCUCCCCCUCAUCAGUCUACUUGCCCUGGAUAUUGGGUUUGGGGAACAAGAGGGGGAUCAUGUGGCAGCUGCAGCCUACCUACUCCUCUCUCUGUGUAGCCUGAAGAGAGUGGCCAUGGAGGGCCUCGCACAGGCCUGCUGGCUCAUUGAUCACAGAGAGUUUAGCCAGACAGAUGAGUUCACUGACAGAGAGGAAGUUCCGAGUCUGGAGGAGGUGUGGAGGCAGAGGAGACACAGGCAGAGCAUGGAUAGUUUGAGGACUACAAGAGAAGGAGCAGCACCAGGGGAUGAGGAACAUGAGGAUGAGGAGAUACUGUUGGAAGGAUAUUGUGAUGAGAGUGAGGAAGAUGCAAGUACAGAGGAAGGGUCAAGUUGCUCUCUGAACCAAGCAGAGGAAAAACGGAGAGGGAGAGUUUUGUCACAGUCAGGUGAUGAACAUCUAACCUUCCGCCUAAAAGAUGUCAAGGGCUUAACUUGUGACUAUCUGGACAGUUUCGGCCAUUUAUGUCCAGAUAUCUGCUCCAUAUCUGUGAACACUGAUGAUGAAGGUACUACAGGGAGAAGCCAGGGGUCUCUGUUGGCUGCAGGCCUCCAGACCUGGUCAGGACAGCUGCAGAGCCUAGCGGUACACCACUCAGGCCCUCUGGCAGAUCUCCUUCCUGCCUUGCAAGUUGCAGGCUCCUCCUUGCUCUCUCUCACUCUGGAGGGAGUGAAAACCAGCCCUCACACGCCUCUACUGGAGGUCAUCAAGGCCUGUCCCAGACUCCGAGACUUGCUCAUCUCGGGUGAGCCUCCCACCAUGACACAGGAAGAAAAUGAGGAGGAUCAGUGGGAUGAUGGGGAUCUUCCACGGCUGCCUAACCUCUGCUCUCUCACACUCAAUUUCUCCUACAGUCACAGCCAAAUGAAGCCUGUGAUGUCCUGGAUGUCCCUGAAGAAGGGGCUCAAGUGUCUCCUGAUUGGUUGUCCUUUACUGGAGAAACUCUCGCUGGUCUCCCUGCCAUGCCCUCUGAACUGCGUUUUACAGGAUGUGCUGCACACAGAGUCUUUGGACUGGUGUCUCUCUGAGGAUUCUACAGACUUACCUCCUGUGCCACUCGGACGGGUACAGCACAUUGACCUGCAGCGGACAGAUGUGAAGAUGAUAACCGUGAAAAACAUAAUGCAACGCAGCAAGAGACUCAAGUUUGUAGAUGUGAGCCACUGCUGGCAAAUCAGUCAGGGUGAGUGGUUGACCUGCAAGAGGUGCAGUCAAGUCCAAGUUGUAUGGGUGUAGUGAAGAGAUGCCCCAGCUUCCAAUACAGGUGCAACAAUGUCGAAGGUGUAUAAAUACUGUUUAAGUAUUAAUUUCAAUUACCACAAUUGGUUAUAUUUGGCGGUAUGGCAAUUGCUCAAUUGCAAUAAUAUCUCUUAUCUGUAUGACUACUUAUACUUGUCAUUUUUGUUAUUUUUGUAACACAGACAAAGAUUGAUAAAAAAUGGGUCAACCAUCUGCAUUUCUACAUCCUCAAAAAACAAAUAAAUCUUCUUUUAAAGGAGUAUUCA